AUGCAAGGAGACUUAUCUAUAAAUGAGUGGGAUAUUAUCAUAGUACAGGUUGAGAGCCUCUUUCGUGUUGAAUUCACAGCCCGUCUGUUUGUAGCUAUUCUCGAUGAAGCUAAUGCAAUUAUGCGCCAAAUGUCUAGCGGUACAAAUGCACAGGAAUCUGAAAACGCAAUGUGUGAUGUCUUAAGAACUGCGAGACAUGUUUUGGCCAUGGAUGCCUUCGCAAAUAUCUCAACACUAACCUUCCUCCAGAUUUAUCGUAGUGAAAAUAUUCGUGUAGUCGAUAAUAAGUAUCAGCCUCGUAUAGGUGAGACGGUUGAAUUUAUUUAUGAUCCGAAUAGUGGAGCAGAAGCCAUGCGAAUAGGAUAUGACCUUUUGAGGCAGGGUAAACGUGUGGCAUUUGUAUCUACCGGAGCGGUGAUAGCUAGAACAGCCCGUGCAUACUAUGGAGAUAUGGAUGGAAAACAGAGACAAAAAGACUUUUCCGAUAUUAAUGUCGCUUGGAGUAAGCUUGACUGUGUGGCUUAUACAAAUACAGUGGAAGCGGGUAUAUCUUUUGAGAUUAUAGGCCACUUUGAUAUAGUUAUAGCCAUUACAAAUAUUGCCACACCAGUUCAUGUUGAAGCUCUUGCGCAAAUGCUUUACCGAAUUCGUGAUUCCCCCCGUCGUAUUGUUUCUUUAUUCUAUCAGAAAAAUUCUAACGAACUUUUUCGCCCACCAGGUCAUGAAAAUAUUCAAGCAGAACUUGAAAGUGCUCGGCCUAAUAAUUUGCCCACAGCAAUAAAGGGACAUCGUGAAUGGAAUAAUAAUGGCAUUUCUUAUAAAGUUGACGAGUCUCCUGCCGUAAUAACUUUUAUUGAAGUUGAGCAUCAGAAACGCCUUUCUGCGAGAUACUUUAUUGAGAAGCUUUGUAGUCUUAUAGCCAGUACUGGCGCUUCUCUCCAACUAAUAAAAAUGGAUGAAAGCCGAGGAGUUAUAGGAAAUCGUAAAAGAAUCCGUAAUGAGGUUAGAGUUGAAGCAUUAGUUAUUAAAGAAACGGAUUUUAAUGCAGUUGCUACUUCCCAGAAUCUUAGCCUUGAAGAAGCUGAAGUCCUUAAAUUCGACCAAGAGCGCUCUAUUGCAGAUACUAUGACACUUAAACGUUUUUAUAUGCGGAAUCUUUAUUGUAAAGACAUGAGUAUCAAGGAUUGGAAUAAUAUUUGCAAUAGAAAAUUCGUUGAAAAUUUUAGUUCGCCUGAAGCUCGGAAGCAUUUCUUACGGUUGUCUUAUUUUCGAAGGCAAGGUCAUGAUGAAGAGAAUGCAAUGAAGGGAUUGAAAGCUGAGGAAAAUAUACAAUGGAAAAUUGCCUGCUAUAAAGCCAAAGAGAAUCUGGAAAAAUCAGUGGCAGAAGACUUGCGCUUUACUGGCAUUGAUGACAAGCGUACUCUUUCUAGCGAUACUGCAUCAGAAUCAUUUAUGCGAUCUUGUGAAAAGUUUAUAGAAAUUCGAAACCAAUCUUUAUUACUCUUUGGUUUUAAGUCUCGUGCAAAGAAAACACCAGAUCUUCAUUCGGCUAUAAAAACAAUUAAUGCAAUUACUGGCAAUUGGUGUGGGUAUAACAUUGAAAGUGAUAAAAAAAGAAUAGGGCCUAAAGGACAACAAGUUAGGCAAUACUCAUACCGAAUUAAUCGCCGGCCAUAUAAUAGUACUGGUUUUGGAAAUAAAGGUGCACCAGAGCUUCCAUCAUACAGGCUGAAAACAGAUAAUAAUAUUCAGGAACUCUUUGACUCUAUAGGAUAG